AUGGGGAGGCAUGACGAGGAGGCACUGAUUGACCAGGGGAGAAGGAGCAACGGUGCCAAGAUUCACUAUGAGAAGGAGGAGUUGGAAGGCCACCGGACCCUGUACGCCGGCGUGCAGAUGCCGCUGGUGGGGCAAUGCCACCGGCAUCACCGACCCCACAAGCAGAAGCAUCGGGAACAGGAGGAGGACUGUGCCCCGACGGAGCGGGGCUACCACUGCACCCCGUCCCAGCGGGUGCAGUUCAUCCUCAGGACCAAGGAGGACGAGCAGCAUGUCCCUCACGCCUUGUUCACCGAGCUGGAUGAGAUCUGCGUGAAAGAGGGCGAAGAUGCCGAGUGGAAGGAAACGGCAAGGUGGCUGAAGUUUGAGGAGGACGUGGAAGACGGCGGCGAGUGCUGGAGCAAGCCCUAUGUGGCCACGCUGUCCUUGCACAGCCUCUUUGAGCUGAGGAGCUGCAUCAUCAAUGGCACGGUGCUGCUGGACAUUAGUGCCAACAGCAUCGAAGAGAUCGCAGAUCUGAUCCUGGGCCAGCAAGAACAGCUCACGGAGUUUGACGAGCGCACGCGGGCGGAGCUGCACUUCAUGAAGAAAAUUCCCAGCGGGGCUGAAGCGUCCAACGUGCUCGUAGGAGAGCUGGAUUUCCUUCGCCAGCCCAUCGUGGCAUUUGUCCGCCUGACCCCGGCUGUCCUCCUCUCGGGCAUGACGGAAGUUCCCAUCCCAACAAGGUUCCUGUUUGUUUUGCUUGGACCAGAAGGAAAAGCCCAUCAGUACCAUGAGAUCGGCAGGUCCAUGGCUACUAUCAUGACGGAUGAGGUUUUCCAUGACGUCGCCUAUAAAGCCAAGAACCGGGCUGACCUCGUGGCCGGCAUCGAUGAGUUUCUGGAUCAGGUCACGGUCUUGCCGCCUGGAGAGUGGGAUCCAUCGAUCCGAAUCGAGCCCCCAAAAAACGUCCCUUCGCAGGAAAAAAGGAAGAUGCCAGGAGCUCUCGAUGACAGUGCUUCUGACAGUGAGCCAGAGAAGCACAGCGGUCCUGAACUGGAGCGGACGGGAAGGCUCUUUGGAGGUUUGAUCCUGGAUGUGAAGCGAAAAGCCCCGUGGUUCUGGAGCGACUUUCGGGAUGGUCUGAGGCUGCAGUGUCUGGCGUCCUUCCUCUUCCUCUACUGUGCCUGCAUGUCCCCUGUCAUCACCUUUGGGGGACUGCUGGGGGAGGCGACCGAUGGCCACAUAAGUGCCAUGGAGUCGCUGCUGGGUGCCUCCAUGACCGGCGUGGUGUUUUCCCUCUUUGCUGGCCAACCUCUCACCAUCCUCGGCAGCACCGGACCCGUGCUCGUCUUUGAGAAGAUCCUCUACAAAUUCUGCAAGGAGUACACGCUCUCCUAUCUCUCUCUGCGGGCAUGCAUCGGGCUGUGGACCGCCUUCUUCUGCAUCGUGCUGGUGGCCACCGACGCCAGCUCUUUGGUGUGCUACAUCACCCGCUUCACUGAAGAAGCCUUCGCCUCCCUCAUCUGCCUCAUCUUCAUCUACGAGGCUCUAGAGAAGCUGAGUCACCUGCGGGAGACCUACCCUGUGCACAUGCACAGCCAGCUCGACUUCCUCACCAUCGACUACUGUAAGUGUGAGGCACCGACGCAUCCCAGCAAUGAAACCCUGCGUUUCUGGGAGAGCAACAAGAUCAACGUGUCUGGCAUCGCCUGGGAAAACCUCACGGUGACCGAAUGUCGCUUACUGAAGAAGUUUAAGACCAGCCGAUACUUCCCAACCAGAGUACGGUCCACAGUAAGCGACUUUGCUGUUUUCCUCACCAUCGUCGUCAUGGUGCUCAUGGACUUCAUGAUUGGGAUCCCAUCACCGAAGCUCCACGUCCCCCAUAUGUUCAAGCCUACCAGAGACGACCGCGGGUGGUUCAUCAGCCCCGUAGGACCCAACCCUUGGUGGACGGUGUUGGCUGCGCUCAUCCCAGCUCUGCUCUGCACCAUCUUGAUCUUCAUGGACCAGCAGAUCACUGCUGUUAUUGUGAACAGGAAGGAGCACAGGCUGAAGAAAGGAUGUGGGUACCACCUGGACCUUUUCAUGGUGGCCGUGAUGCUCGGGGUGUGCUCCGUGAUGGGGCUGCCCUGGUUUGUGGCUGCCACCGUCCUGUCCAUCACCCACGUGAAUAGCCUCAAAGUCGAGUCUGAGUGCACAGCUCCAGGAGAACAACCCAAGUUUCUGGGGAUACGAGAGCAGAGAGUCACUGGCUCCAUGAUCUUUGUGCUCAUGGGCUGCUCUGUCUUCUUCACUUCUGUGUUAAAGUUUAUACCAAUGCCUGUGCUUUACGGCGUCUUUCUCUACAUGGGCGUGUCGUCGCUCGGAGAAAUUCAGUUCUUCGAUCGCUUGAAGCUGUUUUGGAUGCCGGCGAAACACCAGCCGGAUUUCAUCUACCUGCGGCACGUCCCCUUGCGAAAGGUGCACUUCUUCACCGUGAUCCAGCUGAUCUGCCUCGUCCUGCUCUGGGCCAUCAAGGUGUCCCGUGCCGCCAUCGUCUUUCCCAUGAUGGUUUUGGCUCUUGUAUUUGUCCGGAAAGCCAUGGAUUUCUGCUUCUCAAAGCGAGAGCUCAGCUUCCUGGAUGACCUUAUGCCAGAGAGCAAGAAGAAGAAGUUGGACGGUGCCAAAAACGAAGCCAAUGAAGAAGAGAGGCAUGACGAGGAGGCACUGAUUGACCAGGGGAGAAGGAGCAACAGUGCCAAGAUUCACUAUGAGAAGGAGGAGUUGGAAGGCCACCGGACCCUGUACGCCGGCGUGCAGAUGCCGCUGGUGGGGCAAUGCCACCGGCAUCACCGACCCCACAAGCAGAAGCAUCGGGAACAGGAGGAGGACUGUGCCCCGACGGAGCGGGGCUACCACUGCACCCCGUCCCAGCGGGUGCAGUUCAUCCUCAGGACCAAGGAGGACGAGCAGCAUGUCCCUCACGCCUUGUUCACCGAGCUGGAUGAGAUCUGCGUGAAAGAGGGCGAAGAUGCCGAGUGGAAGGAAACGGCAAGGUGGCUGAAGUUUGAGGAGGACGUGGAAGACGGCGGCGAGCGCUGGAGCAAGCCCUAUGUGGCCACGCUGUCCUUGCACAGCCUCUUUGAGCUGAGGAGCUGCAUCAUCAAUGGCACGGUGCUGCUGGACAUUAGUGCCAACAGCAUCGAAGAGAUCGCAGAUCUGAUCCUGGGCCAGCAAGAACAGCUCACGGAGUUUGACGAGCGCACGCGGGCAAAAAUUGGAGAAGUUCUUUUGAAGAAGCACCACCAUCAGAACGAGAAGAAAAGAAACAACCUUCUCCGCUCGUUUGCUGAUGUGAGCAAGAAGGGGUCGGACCUGCACCUCCUCGACAAGCCAGCUCAAACACUUACCCCUCAUCCUUCUCCCACCACUGUGGAAGCUAAAAAUGGGGUGAACCAUGAGACCAGCACAACGGAUUUAAGCAAGGCGGAGCUGCACUUCAUGAAGAAAAUUCCCAGCGGGGCUGAAGCGUCCAACGUGCUCGUAGGAGAGCUGGAUUUCCUUCGCCAGCCCAUCAUGGCAUUUGUCCGCCUGACCCCGGCUGUCCUCCUCUCGGGCAUGACGGAAGUUCCCAUCCCAACAAGGUUCCUGUUUGUUUUGCUUGGACCAGAAGGAAAAGCCCAUCAGUACCAUGAGAUCGGCAGGUCCAUGGCUACUAUCAUGACGGAUGAGGUUUUCCAUGACGUCGCCUAUAAAGCCAAGAACCGGGCUGACCUCGUGGCCGGCAUCGAUGAGUUUCUGGAUCAGGUCACGGUCUUGCCGCCUGGAGAGUGGGAUCCAUCGAUCCGAAUCGAGCCCCCGAAAAACGUCCCUUCGCAGGAAAAAAGGAAGAUGCCAGGAGCUCUUGAUGACAGUGCUUCUCACACCAAGCCGGAGAAGCACAGCGGUCCUGAACUGGAGCGGACGGGAAGGCUCUUUGGAGGUUUGAUCCUGGAUGUGAAGCGAAAAGCCCCGUGGUUCUGGAGCGACUUUCGGGAUGGUCUGAGGCUGCAGUGUCUGGCGUCCUUCCUCUUCCUCUACUGUGCCUGCAUGUCCCCUGUCAUCACCUUCGGGGGACUGCUGGGGGAGGCGACCGAUGGCCACAUAAGUGCCAUGGAGUCGCUGCUGGGCGCCUCCAUGACCGGCGUGGUGUUUUCCCUCUUUGCUGGCCAACCUCUCACCAUCCUCGGCAGCACCGGACCCGUGCUCGUCUUUGAGAAGAUCCUCUACAAAUUCUGCAAGGAGUACACGCUCUCCUAUCUCUCUCUGCGGGCAUGCAUCGGACUGUGGACCGCCUUCUUCUGCAUCGUGCUGGUGGCCACCGACGCCAGCUCUUUGGUGUGCUACAUCACCCGCUUCACCGAAGAAGCCUUCGCCUCCCUCAUCUGCCUCAUCUUCAUCUACGAGGCUCUAGAGAAGCUGAGUCACCUGCGGGAGACCUACCCUGUGCACAUGCACAGCCAGCUCGACUUCCUCACCAUCGACUACUGUAAGUGUGAGGCACCGACGCAUCCCAGCAAUGAAACCCUGCGUUUCUGGGAGAGCAACAAGAUCAACGUGUCUGGCAUCGCCUGGGAAAACCUCACGGUGACCGAAUGUCGGUAUUUGCAUGGAGAGUUUCAAGGACCUGCCUGUGGACCCAAUGGCCCCUACACGCCUGACGUCCUCUUCUGGUGCUGCAUCCUCUUCUUCUCCACCUUUGUGCUGUCGAGCUUACUGAAGAAGUUUAAGACCAGCCGAUACUUCCCAACCAGAGUACGGUCCACAGUAAGCGACUUUGCUGUUUUCCUCACCAUCGUCGUCAUGGUGCUCAUGGACUUCAUGAUUGGGAUCCCAUCACCGAAGCUCCACGUCCCCCAUAUGUUCAAGCCUACCAGAGACGACCGCGGGUGGUUCAUCAGCCCCGUAGGACCCAACCCUUGGUGGACGGUGUUGGCUGCGCUCAUCCCAGCUCUGCUCUGCACCAUCUUGAUCUUCAUGGACCAGCAGAUCACUGCUGUUAUUGUGAACAGGAAGGAGCACAGGCUGAAGAAAGGAUGUGGGUACCACCUGGACCUUUUCAUGGUGGCCGUGAUGCUCGGGGUGUGCUCCGUGAUGGGGCUGCCCUGGUUUGUGGCUGCCACCGUCCUGUCCAUCACCCACGUGAAUAGCCUCAAAGUCGAGUCUGAGUGCGCAGCUCCAGGAGAACAACCCAAGUUUCUGGGGAUACGAGAGCAGAGAGUCACUGGCUCCAUGAUCUUUGUGCUCAUGGGCUGCUCUGUCUUCUUCACUUCUGUGUUAAAGUUUAUACCAAUGCCUGUGCUUUACGGCGUCUUUCUCUACAUGGGCGUGUCGUCGCUCGGAGAAAUUCAGUUCUUCGAUCGCUUGAAGCUGUUUUGGAUGCCGGCGAAACACCAGCCGGAUUUCAUCUACCUGCGGCACGUCCCCUUGCGAAAGGUGCACUUCUUCACCGUGAUCCAGCUGAUCUGCCUCGUCCUGCUCUGGGCCAUCAAGGUGUCCCGUGCCGCCAUCGUCUUUCCCAUGAUGGUUUUGGCUCUUGUAUUUGUCCGGAAAGCCAUGGAUUUCUGCUUCUCAAAGCGAGAGCUCAGCUUCCUGGAUGACCUUAUGCCAGAGAGCAAGAAGAAGAAGUUGGACGGUGCCAAAAACGAAGCCAAUGAAGAAGAGGAGUCCCCGAAAAUGAUGGAAGCUGCUGCUGCUGCCGGUUCAGUUCUGCUGAAACUGGGCAAGACCAGCAACUUGGAUAUCCCAAAGCAAAGCAGGGACAGGACUGAUCCUUGCGAGAUUAAUAUCUCGGAGGAAGUGUUGAAAACGAGCGUGUGGAAGGCUCUCACUAUGAACACAGAAACAGUCUGA